AUGGUCGAUGAACCAAAUUUGUGCUUUAUCUCCGAUAGACACAAGAGCAUCGCCAAUGGCAUUGUGAGCGUUUACAAUCAUGCUCACCACGAAUAUUGUAUGAGGCACCUUAAUAAAAAUCUCCAUGUAAAUUAUCAUUGUGGAGAUUACCUUUAUCUUUACUAUAAUGCGGUAAAGGCUUAUUAUUUGGAGGAGUUUGACAAUCAUUUUGUAAAAUUCAAGAACAAAUGUCCCGCGACAGCCAUCGUCCUUGAGUAUGAUAUUGGUUUUGAGAAGUGGAGCAGGGCACAUUUUCCUGGCAAUAGAUAUAAUGUGAUGACCACAAAUAUCACCAAGUCAAUCAAUGCUAUGUUGAUAGAUGAAAGGGAGUAUCUCAUGACAUCAAUAUUUAAUUCGAUUGCUAAGAGGUUUGGAGAAUUAUUCAGGGAGAGGCAUGCAUAUAUCCUUAAAUCAAUGGGUAUUCAAACAGUGCCUUCUGCCAAAAAAAUCACAAGAAAGAAAAUGAUCGAGGGCGACUCCUUAUAUGUGGAGAACGUAAUAGGGGACGACAAUCAAUUCACCGUGUUCGGUGCAGGUGCUACUGACUAUGUGGACCUACUGGAAAAGUCAUGUUCUUGUAGGGAAUAUUACUUUAUCAAGAUACCUUGUGCUCACGCGAUGGCCGCUUUGCGAUUGAAGCAUGACAAUGAGUAUGGUAUGAGCAUCUAUGAGUACUAUUCGCUUUUGUAUAAAGUUGAAGCGUACCUUCUUGAAUACAUGGAUUCUAUUAAUGUUGUCCCUCCUGAGUCGAAAUGA